AUGAUAUUAUCAUACCUAUGGCAUUCUCCUUAUUCAUCAUCAGCUGAUCAACUACUUGGAGGAAUCACAGAAGAUCUUUCUUCUUUAAUUGAAAGUGGUAUUAAUGCUGAAAUUAAUGGUUUAGGUUGCAUUCAUUUCGACAUUUUCAUUCAAAGUGUUCAUGCUGAUGAACUUGCUCAAUUAAAAAUAACGCAGAGAAUAUCACAUAAUGGUUAUUAUGCAUGUCGACUUUGUGAACUUGAAGCAAUUUGCAGUGCUACUGAUAACACUUGCACAUAUUCAUGA